AUGACUCAUUCUAAUACGAACAAUCCCGCACUAUCUCCAAAUGAUAGUCUUAGCAUCAGCAAUGUAAGCGAUCUUCCCGUAGUCAAGCGGAGAAGAACAGAAAUGACCGAGAAAGAGUACCUAUUGAUUGAAGCAGCUGCCGAAGCUGCCAAUAAAGCUGAACAAGGCGAAACAGUUGCCACCGGAUUCUACAAUGUGCCCUGCCCCGUCUGUGGCCGAGAAACAGCUGGAAAUGGCCAAAAACCACAAGUUUCGCGGCGCUGCACACAGUGCAACUAUACGUUCUUUAUCAAGGACUUCAUUAGACGUGUGUGUGAAGGUAAGACUCCACUUGGAUACUAUGUACGCAAAGAGCUCGAAAGAUAUAUUAAGGAGGCCAGAUGCGACUAUCUCUUGAACACACGCGAUCGAGAAGCACGUUUCAAUGCUCCUGAGCCCGAGCCCAACGAGGAAGAAGUGCUUAUGGUAGAUGAGUCGGAUGAUCGACCUAUUACGGAAAUCUUAUCUACUCCUCGGCAAAGUCCAUUACCUAACUUACAGCCACGAAUGUCUUUAGAAACCCAGUACCAGGUCAAUGUGACCCAUAUAAACCUUCCUUCUGAGACAGAUAUUCUUGCCAAUCGGUUACUAUCUAAGGCCAAAGAAGGUGCCGUUAAUGGUCUUUUCCAAUUUGCGAAUCUAGCCAAAAAUAACAAUCAAGCCGGCUUGUUUUUGGUCUAUCUUAAAGACACUAUUAUUCCCAGUGCUCUUAAUAACUGGAUGACUAUUUAUACUAACCCAAGCCCAACCAAUCUUCUGGAUAAAGAAGCGGCCAAGGAUUCUUACUACCACACCAAAAACUAUAUGCUAGAUGUGCUUAAUGAGCAUGUGCAUGUCGUGCCUGCUCCAUUAAAGAAAGUCAGUGAUUUAACGAACCCACCUAUUCAAGUCAUGACAAACACUAUCUAUGAAGAGUAUGCCCAACUUGAGUGCCAGAGCCAAGCUUUGGUCAAAGAGCUUAAUACGCUUAAGCAAGAAACAAUUCCGCAACUCAAACGGCUUUAUGAAGAGACUAAGACUGCUGCUAAGGAAGUAGGUCCACGGCCCAAUAAUAACCCGAACAAAUCCAAACCCAAGCAGCGCUAUAAUCCAAAGAAGGAGAAAUCUUCGCCACAAAACCCUCUAGAUAAGCAGGAAGCUCCAUCAACUCAGACCGACUCUAAGUCUGGCUCUGUGGCGAUAGAUCAAAACCAACCGAAUCCUGCUAUUAGUCCCAUCAAAAAACACCAGUAUGCGUCCACGAAUAAGCCUACUCCCCCGACCAGCUCGCAAUAA